AAGAAAAAAGUUCACAAAGUGGUGUUUGAGAUGGUCAAGACGAAGAAAAAGCCACUGAAGGCGAUGAACACAUUCCAUAUCAAGCCUCCCGAAGGGUACACUUAUGUUCCCGCUGGCAGCCCCGACCUCACGGAGCGCUGUAAGGAUCUAUGCCGACGGGAAAACCUGCUAGCAUAUCUAGUUACGGAGAAGCCCGUUCGCGCUAUCCAUCGCGACCCAGGAAAGGUCGCUCAUCACGUCCACCGAAUUGGAUUCCACUUUCCAUCCAAUGUCGUAGACAUGGCUUGCGACUAUCAUGGUUAUGUUCAGCACCCUAACGGAACCUACUAUCGGCCCAGAGAUCUCAAUGAAUCCCACAGGAUCGUUCGCAGCCUGGAUACGCAUCGUGAACGCAUCGGCAAAGGCCGUAAUCUGACCGUCCAAGAAACGAAGGAUCAGAUCGGGGCAGCUAUGCUCGAUCUAUUCCCUAACAUUCCGGACGAUGACAUGAAUGAGGUCAUCAGGCGUGCUUUUGGCGAGGACGAAAAAACGGUUGGCAAUGACAGAGAUUUAGGCUUACCCCGCCGUGUGCAGCUUGCCGUGGGCGCUCACAUUCGGCACCAGUACACCAACUAUGACCAGCUCCUGAGGUCCAUGCACCGGGACGAUGCCAGAAUUGUAGUUGAGCAAGAUUGCCUUAACGUUAUGAAAAAAUGGUGUGGGGAAGAUCCAGAACAAUUGGAAGAAGCCUUCCGUGAGGUGAUAAUCCUCGACGAUGACGACGAAGAGGACGAUGGUGGCCAGCUCAAAAUUCAAGGCGGCAGGUCUGAGGACGAUGAGGAAGACGAUGACAUUGAGAUCAUUUCAGGCGAAGCCAGAUCCCAAGACCUCGUACUUUAUUCUCGCGAUGUUGCAGCUACUCAUCAUUUCGAGACUCGCAACGCUGCCCGCGCUCGCGAAGAGGCCUACGUUGUGCGUCCCCCGUCUUCGCGCAAUGGCCUGAGCCUGUCAGCUUCAGCCGUCAAUCAGGACCAUCGUCGUUCCGAUCCUGCAUACCGUCCGGAACAACUCGUCCUCGCCCACUUAGCCCACCCACGUCUACCCGAGCAUCGUACCGGUUACUUACGCGCCAAAACACCCAAGCGAGAGUAUCGACUAGCUCCUACCAGACCCACGGCUUCAUCCUUGAUUUCACCCCGGCAGAGUGCACCAUUUCAAGGAAGAGAUGUUCACGGGCGGCUUUUCAACCUGCAACCGGUAGAGGACGAACCACUUCCAGUACGUCCCAACGCGGUAGGACAUCGCGACCUCUUAUAUGCUGCACCUAACCCAGUACAUCCCCGUCUUGACUCACAGCGUGUUCGGACGCAUGCUGAAGCGGGACGCCACCAGCUCCCUCGUAUGCCUGACACAAAUAUCUCACUGUCGAGAGACGCAUACAUCUGGCUUCCGAAGACCGUAGAUCAUGAGCAUGAUAAGCCCAUUCCUUCAAUUGAACGAGAUGUUGCUCCGCCAGACUACGGACUCAUGCAUCCGAAGGUAACUCCUUCGUAUCACGAGGCGAGAUACAAGUUGAGAGACAGAGAUCGUCCUCUGCCCCCGCCACCCAUGGCAUACCCCUUUGAAGGUAACCUAUCGCACCAAAACUCAAUUGACGCUUCUGUUGGAAUUGCUGCUAAAGGCCAUGGACCCAGCCACACAUAUCAACGACAGAAUCUGGUAUGUUCGCCAAGUGUAACGGAACGGGACCUCUUCAACGCUAAAUCAGAAUCCUCAUCAGCGCGAUCAGCUCGUCGAGCUCUCAUGGGCCUAGUUAUUCCCCCGAAACUAUAGCUGGACGCCUUUCAAUAUCGGGAGGUUACAAUUCUGG